GAUUCAUUUAGAGGCUACUCUAUUGAUAGGAGCCCACUACCCUCAAACUUAGAUUAUAGAUUAGUGAAAGGUUUUGAAGCUUCAUUUACCAUUAAUUAAACAAAUGCUGCCAUACUCAUUGAAGGAAUGGCAGUAUAAAUUGUGACCCCUCUGUGCUUAUUUACAGGCAGUCCAAAUCUUUGUGGCAUAGAAGUCGCCUGACUGUUGGGGUUUUUAUUAUUGCUUAAAAAUGGCCAAUCUUUGGCCUCACCUAGUCUAUGCAUUGGCAUUGUUCUUAUUAGCCACCAAUGUAGCAGCAGAAGACAAGCUACAACCACCACCAUUAUUCCCAUCCCCAUUUCCACUACCUAAGCCUCCCCCACCAUCUCAAUCACCUCCUCUUACAUCACGUAAUCUUCUACCGCCAUUCUCAUUCCCAUUCCCAAUUCCACUACCUAGGCCUCCACACCACAGGCGUCCCCCACCACCACCACCACCCCAAUCUCCAUCACCUCCCCCACCAUCUCCGUCACCACCACCACCAUCUCCAUCACCUCCGCCUCCUCCCAAGAGGUCACCUCCUCCUCCUCCCAAAAAGUCACCUCCCCCACCAUCUCCGUCACCACCACCACCACCAUCUCCAUCACCUCCUCCUCUACCAUCUCCGUCACCUCCGCCUCCACCCAAGAAGUCACCUCCUCCUCCUCCCAAGAAGUCACCUCCCCCACCAUCUCCGUCACCACCACCACCACCAUCUCCGUCACCACCACCACCACCAUCUCCAUCACCUCCUCCUCCACCAUCUCCGUCACCUCCGCCUCCACCCAAGAAGUCACCUCCUCCUCCUCCCAAGAAGUCACCUCCCCCACCAAUUCCGUCACCUCCUCCCCCACCAUCUCCGUCACCACCACCACCACCACCAUCUCCGUCACCUCCUCCUCCACCAUCUCCGUCACCUCCGCCUCCUCCCAAGAAGUCACCUCCCCCACCAUCUCCGUCACCACCACCACCACCACCAUCUCCGUCAGCUCCUCCUCCCCCAUCUCCGUCACCUCCGCCUCCUCCCAAGAAGUCACCUCCUCCUCCUCCUCCUUCUCCCAAGAGGUCACCUCCUCCUCCACCCAAGAAGUCACCUCCCCCACCACUUUCAUCACCUCCUCCUCCUUCGAACGAGAAGCCGCCACCACCUCCCAAUUAAUGUUGACUAAAACAAACAUUCUCCGUACUAAGUUGUCUAAUAAAGUCAUAAAAAGAAUAAUUGGUGCUGAAGUAAUCAGAUGCCAUCGUCGGGGACUGGUUUACUACUACUGUUCAAUGCCAAACAAUGCAACCUACUUGAGACAAGUGGGCAUAUAUAAUAUACAAUAAAGGACAUACAUGAUGCCAUGCAGCUCAUGUGCAAAAUAUGAUUUUAUUCUCUUGAGUUGAGAUAUAAUAAAUUUGUGAUUCCUAUAA